CGACAAAAAAGUGACAAAACUCUUCGUCUCACCGUCUAUCUGCAGCGGCAGUGUGUGGGAGUAUCCAAACUUACAGCGAGAUUUGAAUGUCACUUGGGUAAAUAACAGCGGUAUCUGUACAGUACUGGUUAAACGUCUUUACUUUUAACAACUAAAUGGAGGUGGGAAACUAACCUGCUGCUUCCCGACCGACGUUGACUCUUUGAACAGUAAGCGACGCGUCGUAUGACCACAAGUAGAGAAAAGAGGGUCCCAUGUUGACUCGGCUGUUAGCAUCCAUUCACUUGUGAAUAAUCAAAGAGUAUGGUGAGGAUUUCUGCAUGAGCGGAAGUAGGAACUGAAAAAAUGAGCAAAAAAUAUGGAUCGACAAACGUGUCUGAGGUGGAGGAACAUAUUAAUCUCAAGUAUGAAAUAAAGAAGAGACUUGGAAAAGGGGCCUAUGGCAUCGUAUGGAAGGCAGUUGACCGACAGAGCGGGGAGAUUGUGGCUGUGAAAAAGAUCUUUGAUGCCUUCAGAAACAGGACAGAUGCCCAGCGGACAUUCAGAGAAAUCAUGUUCCUUCAGGAGUUUGGAGAUCAUCCCAACAUCGUCAAACUUCUAAAUGUCAUCCGAGCUCAAAACGAUAAAGACAUUUAUCUCAUUUUUGAAUAUAUGGACACUGACCUGCAUGCAGUGAUUAAGAAAGGCACCCUGCUGAAGGACAUCCAUAAACGCUAUGUGAUGUACCAGCUCUUCAAAGCCAUCAAAUACCUGCAUUCAGGAAACGUUAUCCACAGGGACCAAAAGCCAUCCAAUGUGCUGCUGGACACAGACUGUGUAGUCAAGCUGUGUGAUUUCGGCCUGGCCAGAUCACUCAACCAGAUCCAAGAGGACAGUGGGAAUCCUGCGCUGACAGAGUACGUGGCAACGCGGUGGUACAGAGCUCCUGAGAUCCUGCUGGGCUCCACAAGGUACACUAAAGGUGUAGACAUGUGGAGCCUUGGCUGUAUCCUGGGGGAGAUGCUGCUGGGAAAAGCCCUGUUCCCCGGGACAUCCACCAUCAACCAGAUAGAGAAGAUCAUGAGUGCCAUACCACACCCAAGCCCAGAAGAUAUUCUCGCAAUAAAGUCUGAAUAUGGAUCCUCUGUCAUUCAGAGAAUGUUACUGAAACCACAGGUGCCUCUGGAGGAUCUUCUCCAGCCGUCUGUGCCUUCUGACGCUCUGGACCUGCUGAGAGGUUUGCUGGUUUUCAACCCAGACAAGCGGCUGACUGCUGAGCAAGCCCUCCAACACCCAUAUGUAGCCAGGUUCCAUAAUCCAGCCAAGGAGCCAGCUCUUAACUAUGAUGUCGUGCUGCCAGUGGAUGAUGAUGUACAAUUAUCUGUAGUGCAAUACCGCAACAAACUUUAUGAGAUGAUACUGGAGAGGAGAACUAAUCAGGGGAUGCUGAGGCUGAUCCAGCCGAAGGACAUAGGCUGUGUCGGUAGCAGCGAGAAGCCCAGUAUGAGGGAUAAAGAGGAGAAGGGCCCGGUGGUAGAGAAAGGCGAUGGUAGUGGCGACCAUGAGGAGAAACCACAACAUCAAAAGACUGAGGAGAAAAACCAUGUGCCUUCACAUACAGGCCUCACCACACCUGGGCCUGUGAAUGUAUCCAGCCAGCCUGCUAUGGAGAAGACGAGUCCAUUAGCCAGCCCUGGACUGGGAAAACUCACGUAUAAUCCCAUCACACAUGCCCCAAACGGUUUUGUUAGGAGCCCAGGUGGUCCUCCCCAUUACUUUCAUUCUACUGCAGCCAGUAGGAAACAAAUGGGACAGACCAGUAAUGGAAGUGCAACUACAUCACCAGUAGAUGGCACUAACGCUAAUACAUCCAUGGACCAGAUUCUCCAGCGUGGUCGCUCAGCCCCUGCGACCCAUAACCGCUCCUUCUCCUGGACCCUAAACCAAACACAAAACAACCCACUAGUGCGCAAGGAUGAGGCGUCUUUACCCUCCGGACUGUAUGUCACAUCUGCACGUCUGAACCAGCGCUCCAACUCCCAGGUUCGUGAGGCUCGUCCCCCACCACGGUUCAGCAAGAAAGUAUUUCAGAGUAACUGUAAUGUAGCAGCUUCUGGCGACCCUCGAGCCAAACUAGGCAGUUAUUCCCAGGCCUACGGUACAAUCAACAAGACUGAACUGGAUAAUCUGCUUCGAAAUCGUCCUCACAACCAGUAACUGAACUGCUGUCAUGCCAGCAGUUACAUAGUGGCUGGGCAGCACCUGUGUUUACACACACAACAAAGUUUUCCUUAUGAUAUGAUGAUGGGCAUGUGGCAAACUGGAGGAGAUCCUGUAGAGAGAAACUGUUAAGACUGUUAGGUCAAACACCUCUUCUAUACUGUGUAGAAUGUAUCCAUGGAAACAUGGGAUUUCCAUUCGCUGUCUGUGACAGUGAAUACAUAUUUGUAAAAUGUGUGAAUUCAUAUUACGUUUAUCAAACUGCACCAGCAAUUUAUGACAAUA